AUGCCUUCUGCGACACCGCUGCCAUCAGCUCGAGCACAAAGCCGCAGUGGUCACAGCAGAUCCAUGACCCCAAGGUUCUCGAUGUUGCAACGGCAGGCUGGAAGGAUACAGAAGAAACAAAAGCAGGACCUAGACGCCCGAGACCGGAUCACGAAGCUCGGUGGGCAUCUUCUGAAGCAAGCAAUCGAAAAGCACACCAUUGACGAUAUCUGUGAUGCAUUCGCCAAGAUGAAGGGACCCGAUGCACAGCAUAGACAUGACGAGGUCGACAUGAUCCAAUGGAUGGAGAGCUGUCCCAUCAGUAAUGGAGAGUCGAAACGACAAUCUAAGGAGCUGACCGUGCCUUGA